CUUUAUGGGUGUUUAGAUCGUGCAGAUCUAUUUCCACCUAUUAUUACAAUCAGAUAGAAGUCUAUCAUAUGGUCAGCGCUUUUAACGCCAAUGAUCCGUCAUUUAGUCAUUUCGUCAUUUACGUUACUUAAUUUUUAGAAGAGACUGUAGAAAUACAGGGUGUCCCAAAAAUGUUGUAACACCUUGAAAGGGGUGGUUCGGGAGGUGAUUUGAAACAACUUUUUCCUUAACAAAAAUGUUGUCCGAGGCUUCGUUGAGGAGAUAUUAACGGAAAACACUGACCAAUCACAGCGCGCGUAUACCGUUGGAGCGGCUGUGGUAGCGAAGGCUACGAGCGAAGGGGUCGCGUCCAAUAUCCUUUGAUGUACGUCGCGUCGAGUCGCUUGUUCGCGUACAAGCGCAACCGCUUAGCACAUAGCCUUCGCUACCGCGGCCGCUCCAACGGUAUCCGCGCGCUCUGAUUGGUCAGUGUUUUCACUAAGCAUUUUCGCUAAGAAAAAAGUUCCUGACAUAACAGUUCUUUCAAGGUGUUACAACAUUUUUGGGACACCCUGUAUUUACUAGUGAGCUAAAGAAUAGCGACGACCAAUCAGAAUCAGACAAUGUUAUUUCGUGAGUCUUAUUUGAGAGUCUCUAAAUCCACUAAACGUGAAGCGACUCUAGUUUUCAGUGAACUGCUCAGCCUCUGGUGGUAUUGCGCAGUACUGCACCUCACUGCACCUCACUGCACCUCACGCGAGGAGCGGUCGUGAUUGUUUUUUUUUUUUAGUAUAUGGUGUCGUAAAAGCGAUGUUUCUUAUAGAUACACGGUGUUUUGUUCCAUAGGCAAGAUUUAAGAAUGAUUAAGUUGGUUCGACCGCGCCUGGUAACGUUCGAUGUCACUGGUACGUUGCUCAUGACAAAACUGGAAGAGCAUUACGUCGCAAUCGGAACGCAGCAUGGUCUGUCGGUCGAUCCUCGCAAAGUGGCGCGAAGCUUUAAACAUAGCUUUCGUAGGCUUAGCAAAGAGCAUCCUGUGUUUGGGAAACACACAGGCAUCGGAUGGGAAAAUUGGUGGCGGCAGAUUGUUCACAAUGUUUUCAAAGAUCAACAUAGUUAUCUUCCGGAAGCUACUUUGGAUAAGGUUGCUAACAGUUUGAUAAAGUGCUAUGGCACGAAUAUGUGCUGGCACAAGUAUCCUGGCACGAUCGAGUUACUGGAAUAUCUGCAGAAAAAGGGAGUGAUCUUAGGGGUGAUAUCGAAUUUCGAUGAGAGAUUGGAAGCGAUACUUUUGGACACCAACAUACGAUUUUACUUUUCAUUCGUUUUAACGUCCUACGAUUUCGGUGUAGAGAAACCUGACACUUCGAUAUUCGAAGAAGCCCUCAGGUUAACAAAGGAACGGCACAGUAUCGAUAUCAGUCCCCAGGAGGCGAUACAUAUAGGCGACUCCAUCAGGUACGAUUAUAUUGGGGCGAAAGCCGCCAAUUGGAAUGGCAUUCUCAUUAACCGCGAUGGCGACGCCAUAGAUGACCAAAACGUUUCUAAGAACGACGUUUUCGUAAAUCUUCAAGAUUUACGUGCACAUUUCUCAUCGUUUCUCGACAGGGAAACGAAAAGUAUCUAAUUUGUUAAUAUAAUUCUACAAAUUACAAUUUCUCGCAGUUUUAACGAAAGAUGUAUUUUUCUCCAAAACGGAUAUGACGUAGAUCAACGAUUUAUUGGGUUGUCCGGAAAGUCCAUGUCGAUUUUUGGUAGAUGGUACAGGUCUGAAUAUAUCGAAGUGGUUGAAAACAAAUAACAUGCAUACAUCCCUUAAAAGGUGGAAGGGUUGUGGAACAAAAUGGCACCUAUGUAAUUCAAUAAAAAUAUAUAUUACAAUUCAAACGUGUUUUUGAAUGUUUCUUAGAAAUUGGCACGAACUUUCUGGACAACCUAAUACGUGUACUAAGAAUUAGUCAAAUAUAAAACGUAAAUUUCUUUAACAUUGAAUGUAUAGCUCUUUUAAUUAUAUUUUACGGUAUUUGUACUGUAAUACUGUUCAUCGUUGAACAUAGGUAAAAUUAGUAAUUGUAGUUCUUAUGGGUAUUUGUCUUACACUCAAUAAAUACGUAGCAAUAGAACAUAAUUUAAGAAACAACAUUGUGAUGUUAUAUAUGAUUACCUUCUGUGAAUUCCAGUAAUAGGAAUUAUUUAUUCGCUGAUAUUAAUAUAAUUAAAAGAAAGUCGUGUAUAUUUGAUGUUACCUAAUAACUAGACUGCGGAUCUUUAUGCAUUUAUAGGAAAUUUGAAUGUGCAUGAUGCUACAAAAUGCAAACAGUAUGCAAGAAUAUAAAAAAGAUUGAAAGUAAAGUUUGUAUUAUAAUAUUUACAGAGUAAAAUAAAUUCCUAUUUAGGUUCUAUUUUUGGUAGGCACGUUAGCAAAGAUUUUAUUUUGCAUAAAAAUCCGCAGUCUACUAAUAACAUUAUCACGAGCAUUAGCACGAAAUAGUACGCAUAGUACAACGUUUAUACUUUUAUACAAAUAUAAGUACAGUUUCUGUGCUUGUAAAAUGAAAUAGAAUUUUUUGUCUACUGAUCAAACAAUUUUAAACGCGUGGGUGGUCUUAUGGUAUCGCUACACAUUUCCUGGUAGGAAGAUAACUCUUUUAACGUGUCUCCAGGCGACGGACAGUGAACUUUUCUAGCACUGAGAUUUUCUAGAAACGAUUACAAAGUUAUUUGAACGUGUUUUCGAUUAAUCAGAAUUUUUCAAUUAUUUUUGUAUAAUUGUGAUCGUAACCAAAUUUUUCUAUUCCGUUAUCGAACUGAAAUUUCCAUUAUACCGUUUUCAAUCAAAUGUUAAUUUUGAUAUUUUAUAUCAAUGAAUGGCGUGACCAGAGAGAAAGGUUAAAAGACAAUUCUAUAUGAAAUAGCAGUGGAGUGGAAGAAGGAAGAAGUCAUCACUUCCUGAAUAAUCUCUCAUUUCCGUUUAAGCGAGAUACGGAUUGUUGUUUACGAACACUAAUAAAGCGAUCUGUAAUGUUCGA